AGGAAGUCUGGUACUGAUUAAACCUUGGUCAGUGACAGCCCUGCAGUGUGGGAAGAGAGAGAGAAAACUGUUUUCUACAGAUGAGUGUCAUGGCUGGCCAGUUGUUCCUCAUACUGCUUUUCACUUCCAUAGCAGGUUGCCUGCAAGCUGAAGGAAAUGUGUUUUUACAGGAAGAAAAUGCAAACAAGUUUUUGGGAAGAACAAAGCGUGCUAAUUCCUUUUUUGAGGAGCUGAAGAAAGGGAACAUUGAAAGAGAAUGUUAUGAGGAACGCUGCUCAAAAGAAGAAGCCAGAGAAGCCUUCGAAGACACAGAGAAAACUGAUGAGUUCUGGAAUAAAUAUAUAGAUGGGGACCAGUGCAAACUCAAUCCUUGUCAGUAUGGUGCAACGUGUAAAGAUGGAAUUGGCACAUACACUUGUACAUGCUUGGAUGGAUAUCAGGGCAAAAACUGUGAAUCUGUUAUACCAAAAUACUGCAAGCUGAACAAUGGCGAUUGUGGCCACUUCUGCAGACCUGAAAGAAACGGUGUUGUAUGCUUCUGUGCCACUGGCUAUAUUCUGGGACCAGAUGAAAAAUCUUGUAUUCCGACAGAGCCUUUCCCAUGUGGGAAAGUUUAUGUGAAGAGAAAAAAGAGGUCAGUGAUUUCAUUUGGUAACAGUAGCAGUGUUACCAGUGAACAAGAUGGCAACCCCAAUGAACUGUAUAGCAACAAUGGGACAAGCCACAGAAACAUCACCAGUAUCGCAGACAGCCCAGAUCUUCUUCAGAAUGAAACAAAAGCUCCCAAUAGAACAGAGAAUGAUCCUAAAACUAACGUGUCUCCAAACCCUCAUACGAGGAUAGUAGGUGGUAAUGACUGCUUGCCUGGUGAAUGUCCGUGGCAGGCUCUUCUAAUAAAUGAAGACAAGGAAGGGUUUUGUGGAGGGACAAUUUUGAACCAGUUCUAUAUACUUACUGCAGCUCACUGCAUAAACCAAUCUAAAACCAUUAAAGUUGUUGUCGGGGAAGUGGACAGAGAUAAGGAAGAAAACACGGAAAUGAUGAUCUCUGUGGAAAAAAUAUUUGUACAUGGUAAAUUUGUUCUGGCAACUUAUGAUUAUGACAUAGCCCUUAUAAAAUUAAAGGAACCUAUAAAGUUUUCUCGGUAUAUUAUCCCGGCAUGCCUUCCUGAUGCGGAAUUUGCUAACGAAAUUCUGAUGAAUCAAAAAUCUGGAACUGUUAGUGGUUUUGGACGUCUUUUUGAACAUGGACGGGUAUCCAACAAACUUAAAGUGCUUGAAGUCCCCUAUAUUGAUAGAAAUUCAUGCAAGCAAACUACUAACUUUGCGAUCACAGAAAACAUGUUCUGUGCUGGCUAUGACAAUGUAACUAAAGAUGCAUGUCAGGGAGACAGUGGGGGUCCACAUGUUACUAAAUACAAGGACACCUAUUUUGUUACUGGUAUAGUCAGCUGGGGAGAAGGAUGUGCAAGGAAAGGCAAAUAUGGAGUGUAUACAAAAGUGUCAAAGUUCCAAGGCUGGCUAAAAAGGACAUUAAGACAUAACCCUUAAUUAUAUGAAAUUAAUUUAGCAUUAUGUUUCGGACACUCAGCUGAUCCAUAAAUAAGAGUUCAGUCUUUUUUAGCACUUCUGCUGAAAUUCUUUCCUGACAGCUUACUAUUUCCUUUAGAGAGUUACAACACUGUUUCUUCAUGAGUUAACACAUGGUUUUCAGCAUGCGUACUUGCACUUAAAACAAUGCUCUGUUUGAUUUAAGGACUUUCAUGAAACAAGAUUGUGGUUUUUUUUUUUGUUUUUUUUUUAUUCCACUUUGGGUUCCUGAUUUACAAUUUUCCUAAUUGAUCUGUAGGAAACGUAGGGUUGUUGUGGGUUUGUUCGUUUGUUUGGAUGAACACACUCUAGUUAUAAUGAAAUUCGGAGCUGACAGUACUUGAGUGGGAGAGACAAGACAAAUGUACAAAUAGCAUGUAUCUAAAAAUAGGUGUGGGACAUUGCUGAAAUUAAACAGAGCAUUUCCAAAGCCUUAUGGCCUCAGGGCAAACUGUCUAAUCUUCCAAAUGACUCUUACACACAUACAUAUACACACACAUUAAAAAGCUAAAGAAGGCAGAGAGGUUACUCAUUGCUAAAACUGUGCAGCAAAUAAAUCCUAAACAAUUGAUACUAAAUAACUGGGUAUUUCAUAGAAACAAAAUGUCUAUGUUUCAAUUAAACAUAGAGUACAGUCAAUAGAAAAAAAAACUUGAUUCUUAUCCAGAAAUCAUAUAUAUUCAUCAUAUAUCUGUUUGUUUCUCUUUUUAAAAUACUUUAUCACUCUUGUUUCUUUUGUGGACAAUAAUUAAUUAAUUUAGUAUUAAUGUGGAUGUUGUAGGUACUUCUAUAGAAAUGCAAUAUUGUUGUACAUCUGCAUUUACCAACAAAAUAAAGUGUUAUCUAUAUUUAUUUAGUAAA